GCCGCCGGUGGCGGUGAGAGCGAGGAGGGUGAGGACGUGUUCGAGGUGGAGAAGAUCCUGGACGUGAAGACCGAGGGGGGUAAAAUUCUCUACAAAGUACGGUGGAAAGGAUACACCUCUGACGAUGAUACCUGGGAACCAGAGAUUCAUUUGGAAGACUGCAAAGAAGUGCUGCUUGAAUUCAGAAAGAAAAUUGUGGACAAUAAGCCCAAACCUAUUAAAAAAGACAUCCAGAAACUUUCUCUAAGUGAUGAUGUAUUUGAAGCAGAAUCGGACAGUGACUGGCAAAGUGAAACAAAAGAAGAUAUUUCACCAAAGAAGAAAAAGAAAAAGUCAAAAAAUGGAGAGGAUAAAAGCCUAGAUAAGCUGAGGAAGAAAAAGUCUAAGUCUGCAAAACUCAAAGAAAAACCCAAAAUAGAACGUGAGAAUUCUUCAGAUAGUUUGGUUUCAGAUUCAAAACCAAAAAAAAGAACUUUGGAAACCAGGGAGGAUUCCAGGGAGGAUUCAAAAGAUCCAAAGAAACAAAAGAAAGAAGAUACUAAAGAAGUAAAGAAAAAGAAGGGAGAAUCUAAAGAUUUAAAAGUCAAAUCUAAAGAAGACUCUAAAGAAAAUAAAAGAUCACGGAAGGAGAAGCAGGGAGACCUUCAGUUUGACUCAGAAUCAAGCACUUUAGAUGAUGCAUUUUCUCAAGGAGCUGAUAUUGAAAAUUCAGACUUACAUUCUGAAAACAAAGAAGAAAAGCAAAAGGUAAGAAGCAGAAGGGAGAGGUUGGGACAAGAAAUUGCUGAAAAAGAUUCAAUUUCUGAUAGGCAUCCUGAUGGAUCAAUUAGUAAUGAAGAUGAUAGUAUUGAAGUUAAGGUUAAAAGAAAGAAGAAAAAAAUUCAGAAAGUUGAAGAUUAUAAAGAGGAAGGUAGAAAAUCAGAGAACUAUUUAGAGAAGAAAAGCAUACACAAAAGGCAAAGAAGUCAAGAGAAAAUAAAAGUAGACACUGCAGAUUUGGAAAAAGUGUCACCUGUACCAGUGCAGAAGGGUUUAAAAUCGAGCACUGAUGAAAGAGGCCGCAAGUCAACUGAUUCAGCAGGGGAGGAGAAAGAAGUAAAGAAAAAUGAAACAAAAGAAAAAUCCCAGAAAAGAGAAUCUGAGAAAGAAGAAAAGAGCAGAAGAGAACAGAAGGGCCUAAAAAGCUAUAAGGACAUCAAAAAUGCAUUUGACUUGUUCAAUGUAGCUUCAGAAGAAAAAAAUGAAUAUUCUGAGAAUAACCGUAAAAGAGAAGAAUCUUGUCUGGACUAUAAAAUUGUGGAAGAAUUAAAAUCAAAAGACAGCAAGGUGUACAAGGAAAGGAGGAGUGUGAGAGAUGAGACAGAUACGUGGACCUACAUUGCUGCAGAAGGGGAUCGAGAAGUAAUGGAUGUGUGUCAGGUGGAGGAGAGCCCUGAUGGCAAGCAACAAGUCUUGAGUUUGGGUAUGGACAUGCAGUUGGAAUGGCUGACACUCGAAGACUUUCAGAAACACCUUGACGGAGAAGAUGAGAAUCUUAUCUCUACAGAACCAAUAUCAAGUACUCUCCUGAGGGAUGCAGUUAAAAAUGGAGAUUAUAUGACAGUGAAGAUGGCACUUUCUUCAAAUGAAGAGUAUAAUCUGGAUCAAGAGGACUCCAGUGGAAUGACCCUGGUAAUGCUUGCUGCUGCAGGGGGGCAUGAUGACCUUCUCCGGGUCCUCAUCAGGAAAGGAGCUAAAGUGAAUGGCAGACAGAAAAAUGGAACAACUGCAUUGAUACAUGCAGCUGAAAAGAACUUUCUAACCACAGUAGCUAUUCUUCUGGAAGCUGGAGCAUUUGUGAACAUGCAGCAGAGCAGUGGUGAAACUGCCUUAAUGAAGGCUUGUAAAAGAGGGAAUUCUGAUAUUGUGCGGCUUAUGAUUGAAAGUGGAGCAGACUGUAACAUUUUGUCCAAGCACCAGAACAACGCACUUCAUUUUGCUAAGCAGUGUAAUAAUGUACUGGUGUAUGAGCAGCUCAAGAGCCAUUUGGAAACGCUGUCGCGCGUGGCCGAGGACACCAUCCGGGAGUACUUCGAGGCGCGUCUCGCCCUGCUGGAGCCCGUCUUCCCCAUCGCCUGCCACCGUCUCUGUGAGGGACCAGACUUCUCCACGGAUUUUAACUAUAGACCACCACAAAAUGUGCCAGAAGGAUCUGGAGUUCUUCUGUUUGUUUUCCAUACAAAUUUCUUUGGUAAAGAAGUGAUCGCUCGGCUCUGUGGACCUUGCAGUGUACAAGCUGUGGUUUUAAACGAUAAAUUUCAGCUUCCUGUGUUUUUGGAUAGUCACUUUCUUUAUUCCUUCAGCCCUACUGCAGGCCUUAACAAGCUUUUUAUACGGUUGGCAGACGCUCCUACUGCCAAGGUGAAGCUGCUGAUAGGAGCCUACAGAGUGCAGCUGCAGUGACCUCGAAGUUGUGACCGUGGGGA